GGCGGUACAGGGACCCAGGUCACACUGUGGGCUCAGCAGCAGCGUGACCAGGCGGUACGGGGGCCCAUGGCCGAGAUUGGGGCCUGGCGGCACCUAUGGGAGGCCUGUAAUCUGCCAGCACCCUAUGACAAAAAUGGAACCAGCAGUGGGAGAUUUCAAAAGAGUGUGGCGAUGGAGACAGCAGCAAUGGGAGGCCGUACAGGGACCCAUGAGAGACUCUGGACCUGGCAGCAGCAUGAGGAGGCGGUAUAUAGGGGCCCAUGGCAGAUUAGGGGCCUGGCAGCAGCUAUAGGGAGGCCCGUAAUCUGCCAGCACCCUAUGUCAAAAAAUUCAACACACCAGCAGUGUGUGAGGAGACCUGAAAGUGGCACA